GUUUUUCGCGACAUCACAAAAGUUUUGGCCCUGCGCCCGACCUGCCCACAACUCGCUCAAGCUUCCUUUCCCCGCUACUACUCGAAGCGCACAUGGCACAUCUAGGGAAGCAUUGAUUGCACGCCAUGCGCUUCUGACCAUCGUCGCUGUGCCAGACGCGCAAUUACUGAAUAUCGAUAUCUCGACUUCAUUCGCACAUUUGGUCUCAGCUUCGACGGUGCAUCGUCGCCUUCCUCUCCCCCCACUACUUUGUUACCUUCACCCCCACCGUUAUCUAUUUCUUACUUUUCGCAUCCAUCAUUCUUAACCUCCCGCCUCCAAUAUACAAUGGUUCUGGAAGCACACGCGCAAUCGAAAAGCGAGUUAAUCAUGGAAUCGCAGGCCUUCGUACCACCCGGGUCCUUUGACUAUCCAGACGCCUCUAAUCUUUGGACGGGCGAUCCUCAGCUUCUCUCGAACUCUCACACCGUUCUUCCAAGCGAAUAUCAACAAUUCGACACCUCCAAUCCGUACACUGACGGGCAAUACAAGAAUCCCGGUACAGAAUACGCAGCAAUGACGCAAAUCAUGCAGCAGCAGCAGCAACAACAACCCUUUCGAGCUCGUCCUCAGGAGAUGUAUAAUACCACUUUCGCCUACAAUACCAUGGCUCGUACGAGACCUGCAGAAUCCACAGAACAGCCCCAAGCCAAACGCGCCCGAUUUGACGAUGCUCCGGUUGAAAGAUGUUAUUCACAAACAGGGUCACAAAGUACAUGUUGUAGCAGUUGCUCGGAUGGCAUUGUAUGCACAAAGCCAGAAUGCGACCAAGGUGCGUUGAAAUUUUCGCCAAAAUUUGAGAGAAUGUAACAAUGCUUUAUCUUUUCAUAACUUCGCUACGUUUUGCAAGGAGUUGUGACUAUUCUGCUUUUGCUUCUCGAGAAACGCAAAACGUUUUUAUCUACAGCUUGCUGAAAGCAUAGAGCAUGAUUUUUACCAUCCCGGCGUCGUUUUGCAACUCACUUAGUAUCUGCAAAUAAUAAAACUAACUAGAACUCAGAAGAAGACAAGUCAUGCCCAGAAUGCGCUUGUGAUAUUCCUGUAUGCCCAUGCCCGGACGAAACUGCACAAAAUCCUCGAGUACAGAUGGAUUGUACAGUCAUUCCUGUCGAGACCAGGUUACAGGAUUGGAACAAUUCUGUUCAAUCAGCUUGGGUGCCACAACCACCACGAACCUCCUUUCAACCUAAGGAUGGGAUGUCCGAAAGUACGAGAAUCUACAAUAAUUACCAACCCUUUGGAGGAUUUACGUAUGACUCCAGCCAUGUCUCUACUGCUAUGACGCCUUCAAUGGUCAACAAUACCUCAACUACCUUUUCGCCAAAUGAUACAAUCCAAGCGCCACAUAUACAGCACUUUGGUACGAAUGCAAACACAUAUAACUCGUCUCUUACAAAUCUAUCGGGUACCGGUGACCAUUUCCAGUCUUCGUGGAACAAUUCAUCUAUGAAUACAGCCAAUGAUGGGCUUUUUGACUUUUCCUGUGGAUGGGAUGGAUGUGAUGCAGUAUUGGAGAGUAACCAGCAGUUACUGGCACAUUGUUUACAAACACACGUUCCUCCUCAGAUGGGGUUUACAUGUCCUAUUCAACCAAACACAUGCCCAUCCAACAUCGGACCUGAUCCACUUGCUCACUUGAAACUUGAUCAUGGCUUUGACUUUGAUUUUCUCGAACAAGGAAUCACAUGUCCAGCUCCAGAUUGUACUCUGGAACAUAUGCUUGCCGAUCCUAUUAUGUUCCAAAAUCAUUUGGAGGAAGCUCAUGCCAAACCAGUCGGAGGUUCGCUUCGCUGUGAAUUUCAACAUUGCGAUAUCUCUUUUACGGAUGUGAAUCAAUUUUCGCACCAUCUUACCCACCAACAUCUUGAAAAUUCUAAGGAUGUUGAUUCGCAAAUGUCGCAAACCAAUCGACUUCCCCCAACACAAGCACUUAAAAAUGUUGCCUUAUCGAGCAUGUCGUCAAGCCAAGAGCGUUCAAGCAGAGAGCUGUCGAACGAAGAAACAAAUCAAAAGCCAAAUCAGGAUGUGAAUCAAAACGUCGACGAAAACUCCGCCAGCCAAAAACCUCCAACUGAAGAUGAUGGUCAUACGUGUAGAUGGAUGGCAUCCAAUCAAGGAAGUUGUGGCUGCACCUUUGAGUCCGCCUCGAAGCUUCAGGACCACAUUGUCCAAGAUCAUCUAGCAAGUCUGGAUAAAAAGACUGGCUACAAGUGUUGUUGGGAGGGCUGUAGGCGCGAAGCUAAAAGAGGAAAUGAGAACUCUGGCUUCUCACAGAGAGGGAAGCUCGAGAGGCAUAUGGCAACUCACACCAACUGUAAGUCUUCCACAAUGGCAGUCUGAUGUGUUUGUUAGCAACCGCAUACUGAUAUGGAUAGAUAAAUGUUGUACGUGCACUGUAUGUGGCAAAACCUUUUCUGCUGAGCAAGCUCUAUUACAACAUAUGAAUCUGCACAGCAAUCACAAACCUUGGGAGUGUAAGCAUUGUGGCAAGAGAUUUCCUCAACAGAGCGCGUGUAGUAAGUAUUUGAUAUAUCAGAUACCACUAGAAAAUACUAAUGCAACCAUAGCCAUACACGAAAGAACACAUACAAAGGAGAAACCACUCAAAUGUGAGAUCUGCGGCAAGGCCUUCUCGGAGUCAUCGAAUCUAUCGAAACACCGAAAGACCCAUGGGGAAAAGGGUGCUCAUACUUGCAAUCUUCCUGGCUGCUCCAAAUCAUUUCAUCGAUUGGAUCAAUUGAAAAGACAUAAAGCGAUGCACACUCGUGCUAAAAGCGUUGUUUCCGAGGGCGAAACCAAAACAGAGAGCGAGGGAGACUAGAGGAGAUUAUGUCGGGGGGUUUUUUUGUCUGGCGUGGGUGGGAGAUACACUUCAAACUUGAAGUAGUGGCGUUUAAAAUGUACAGAUAUGGGACUCUACAAGGGAGAAAGAUGAUAAUUUGGUUCCCCAUUUUGGGGGAAUCUUUGUGCUUUGAAACGAAGCAUGAUGAUGAUGACCAUGAAUGAUGGAAACGAUGGCCAGUGGAGUUUCGAAUUAUCAUAUCUGGGAGGAUACCACCUUACGGUGUCUUGAGCUGUCGGGAUUGAUGUGUUUAGUUUGGCGUUUCGAGGUUGGGGAUGCAUAGAUGGCGUUUCGUUUUCAUUGGUCGUUUGAGACCUGAGGUUUCUCGGACGCCCUUUUGAGA